AUGAUGGAACAACAGUUGAUGAACCUUAAGGAGACGGAGCUCUGUCUUGGCCUCCCCGGAGGAACAGAAACCGUGGAGACUCCGACCAAAUCAGGUGUGGGGAAUAAGAGAGGCUUCUCUGAGACAGUUGAUCUCAAACUCAAUCUUCACUCUAACAAACAAGAACAUGUGGAUCUCAACGUUGCCGGAGCUCCCAAGGAGAAGAACCUCCUCAAAGAUCCUGCUAAGCCUCCUGCUAAAGCACAAGUGGUUGGUUGGCCACCGGUUAGGAACUACCGAAAAAGUGUUAUGGCUCACCAGAAGAGCAGCGGAGCUGAUGAGGCAUCGAGCGGCGGUGGAGGAACCGUCGCCUUUGUGAAAGUUUCAAUGGAUGGAGCUCCUUAUCUUCGAAAGGUUGACCUCAGGAUGUACAAAAGCUACAAGGAUCUCUCUGAUGCCUUGGCCAAAAUGUUCAGCUCCUUUACUAUGGGGAGUUAUGGAGCACAAGGGAUGAUAGAUUUUAUGAACGAGAGCAAAGUGAUGGAUCUAUUAAACAGUUCUGAAUAUGUUCCAAGCUACGAGGACAAAGAUGGUGACUGGAUGCUCGUUGGUGAUGUCCCCUGGCCGAUGUUUGUCGAGUCAUGCAAACGCUUGCGCAUUAUGAAAGGAUCCGAAGCGAUUGGACUUGCUCCAAAAGCCAUGGAGAAGUGCAAGAACAGGUCAUGA